AUGGAAGACAUUGAUAUCGGCUCAUGGGAUCGCUCGCCAUCUCUCCCUAUUCCUCUCGACUUAUUUUUCGAUAUAAUCCAGCAUCUUCCUAUCCAAAGCAUCCUGGCACUACGGCAGACUAAUAAAAGUUUUUACGCUAUCACGCGUCUGCGCAGUCUCUGGGCUCUCCUUCUGCGAACUCUUGUCCAGCAGCAAAACAUCCCCAUCCCCUACUUCGAUGGAAAAUCCCUUGACUCUUUUUCAGCUUUAGAGCUCGAGCGGCUUACAUGUUGUGCACUCGCUCUUCGCAGAAACUGGACCAACCCUGAUCCGGAUGCGAAGAGGGAAGUUGAUUUUUACAAGCCCGUCGAGCCAGAUUCGCGCAUCAUCUUUAUGGAGUUUCUGCCUGGCAGAGGAAAUCGUUGGCUAAUCUCUGUCACGAUGACUACACAACCCAUGAAAUAUGUUAUCCAAUGCUGGGACGUUGCUAUCCUACAACCCGUCUGCAUAGCAGAACUGACACACAUGGAGGGGCCAUAUGGCGGUAUUAUUAUCAAUGACGAUCCCUCUUCUCCAGCCAUAAUAGCGAUGCAGUCAGCACUAACGGAGAUACUCACCAUCAACUUCGAAGAGGAAGACCCCGAGUCAGCAUUCGUUCCGCUGAGUGCCAUCGACGGCAUUAGAGAGAUCCACCUACUCAGCGGGAGCACACUCGUCACCCGGCAUCUACAAAACGGCGGAGAAGUGAGCAUAUGGGACAUCAACGAUCAGCCUCGUGAAAAAAUCCAGUUGGCUUGCUUUUUCCAUGUAACUCCGCACGUCGCUGAGCUCUAUGAUUGGCAGAAGGAUCGCUGCCAAGCAAUGCAUCUCUGCGACGAUUACAUGGUGAUCGUCCGCCAACAGACUGUCGAGCUCUACUCGACCACACCCCGACCCAACAUCAUUCCAACGCCGGGAGCGCCAAUAUCGUACCCACUCGCACAGUACAGCUUUCAAUGGCUCACAGAGACCGUCAAUAUGUCAGAGCAAGUCAGCUGGAAUGCUGCACGCUCCCACCGCCCCUCGCCAAUCAACAUUGUUGUUCGAUUUGGAAGCAUCUAUCCCUGGCCAGUGAACAUGUUGCACCAUUUCGUGCUCAACCCCAAUCCCGCAUACGUCCCAGGGCGGGAGACUUCUCUAUACAACCUUCCAUACCUGGUGCAGCCCACUCCAGUGCAGACGAUAGGCUCUCCAGUGCGUUUGUUUGCUCCGUCGUCUGUUGCUCUCGGACGAUAUGGUACGGUUCUCUGGCUUGACAGCCAUACCGAAGACUGGGAGGGCCCUAGCGACUGCGGACAGCGACUUGCAGGACGGAUGCUGACGGCUACGGGAGGCUCCUCGACUAGCCAACGUGGUUCACAUGCUUCCAUGAUAUUUCGGGUACGAAACGACGACCUGUGGAACAAGGUAGCGAUCGAUGAAGAGUCUGGGAGAGUUGCAGUCGGUUAUGUGAACGGUUCGAUAACGCUCUUUGAAUAUUAUUAA